AGUACCAUCACGACGAUCAAAAAGCCUACACGAUGCAACUCACAUGCAUAUGCGAUGAUGGAGAGGUUAUUGAUAUUACAACCGCGAUUCAGACGCAACCCUUUAAUGUUCGCUCUUUAUUAUUAGAUUCAUUAUUUGCAUGCUUUCCUAGUCUUCCAGACACGCCAGAUUUCUUUCAAGCAGAACAUGGCAUCCGUGAAGCACUUCUACAAUUUCAGGGUGAUAAGGAAAGAUAUGUAAGGUCCUACAUUAUAAACCGCUCUCUUGACCCGCGUACGGAAGAGACUCCAAGGGCAAGCUUAAUUCAUUCAUCUUUUGAAUGUGGUGGCCCAGUAGCUCUGGUUGGCGUAUUUUACGCCACGAUCGAUGCGCAUCGUAAUAUUCGCAGCCGCAGAACCCUUGACUACCUUUUGAAGGCCUCUGAAGAAACGAGAAAUGCAUUGUUUUAUCGAGCCAACACAGUUCCCUGUAACCCGUCACUGAUUCCCUGGCUCCGCCGCAUUUUCGAUCGGGUAGACUCGGAUGCCAAGGGUCUUGCUUACAUCUUAAGUUGGCUAGGUACACCCAUACCAAUUGACUUGCUCAGCCGGGCAAGACUGCCUUCGCUUAGUUGGAACAACGACGGUGAGGUGGCCGGAACCCCUGCUCGUCUUAUAUCCAUGAUCCAAAACGAGGAGAAGCUUGAGACAUCUAUACGGAACCUGGAAUAUGUUGGGCUUGUUAAAUCAAGCCAAACAGCCAUAGAGCUCCAUCCACGAAUCGGAGAACUUUUACCGGGGCGUCCUGAAGGUAGGAUGUGGCUCCCAAAAGCAGCUAAGAUUGUCUUUCAUAUGCUACCGAAGUACGCAUCUAUUAGACCUGAAAGCUACUCGAAGCAGUGCAAAGAGCUAUUGCCUCAUAUGACACGUAUAUUGAACCACCUAAAUGGCAAGCCAGCGGUUCUCGAACAAAUAGACCCAGUACAAAUGGUGGAGGCAUGCUUGUCAAUAUCAUACUUUGGUGAUAGGUCCUGGAAAAUGCAGGCUGUUGCCAUGGCCGCCCAGGCCGUAACCACCUGUAGAGACAACCUCAUAGAGAAGCCAUUGCUUCUAGCUCAGGUUAAUGUUAGGAGGUUCUUUCUGUCGCUAUUAUAUUCGGAGGAAGAAAACCAGAGUGACCAGCUUACCUUCCCUGUUGUUGAUCGGAGGUCCAAUGCAUUUGCUGCAAAUCUGGCAAUAGCCAAAGCUCGAAGGUCUACUCAGUUAAACGAGUUGACGGCCGCUCGUAACUGUCUAGAAAGCUUCAGUAUAUUGCAGAGCGGGUCCCCUUCCUCCCUAGAAAAGAUGCAGGAGUAUAAAGUAGCUCUGAUGCAUGCGAGAAUCUUACGGUUCGAAGGUCAUUUUCAGGAAGCUUACCGUAUCUUACAGGAUCUACCACAAAAAGGGGAGGUACUUACAUCGUACUGCGCAGUCCUUUGCGAGCUUGAUCGAUGUGACGAAGCAAUCCGCGUCCUUGAAUCAUGCAUGACUCCUACUAUACGACCUAAGCUCAUCCUUGCCCAUGCACAUCUUCUGAAAUGCAUGCAUGCUUUGCUUAGAGAGGAGUCCGUAGAUCAGAUCUCGUUAGAAAUAUCGGAUGAUAUUUACAAUCAACUUGGUCGCUACCAACCCAGUAAUUACUUUGAGAAGAUGGACCACCUUUCCAUUUUGAUGGGACGAGCAAUCGUUCAACACAUGAGUGGCCAAAUUGAAGCCGCCCUAGACGCAUGGCAAAAAGCUCUUACUACUUCCACAGCAUGGCUUCCUACUGGAUAUACUGACUUGAUUAUAGCUUAUUCCAUGAGUGAACUCGAGACCAGAAGAGGAAAUUAUGUACUUGCGGAUAUUCUAGCCGGUCAUACAAAGGUGCUGCUCACUCAAACUGGCCUCCAACAUCAUUUCAUUGGGCUUGGGUCUCUCUGGCCUGUCAUCGUAGGGAGGUGGCGUGUUGCCCACGGACAUGACCCCAUUGUUCCCCUACAAGAAGCAUGCAAUUAGUCUGUCUAGGUCCAUAAACAAAUAGACCAUGUAUUACUUGGGCCUUGGCCGGGGCUUACCUAUACUACGGGGUAAAGGAUAUUAUUGAUAUAUGCCGACGCCGCUCUCGUAG